GGAUAAACGCUUACGCGUUUGAAAACAAAAAUGUAGUGAAAGAUUUGCGUGUACAUUUUGAAGGAAGACAGUUUCCCCCAAUGCAUCGUCGAUAUACUAGAUUAAAGGCACUGAUGUAAAUUUGCAAAAAUGGAUACUGCAAAUAAAGUUUCAAACAGCAACGGGAUAUUGCCAUGCAUCGGAAUAGCAACGUUUAACGCGUUUACAAAAAACUCGGGCGGUUUUGUUCGCGACCCACUGAAAAUUCCAGAACUGAAGCCCCAAAGUCAGAACCGAUUGACAGGCGGCGAUCUCCAAGGCUCGGAACCAUCCACACCUGGGUCGGACGGCGAGGAAAUAGAUGAUGUUUUCACGUCCACCACCGACACAGCGCUGGAUAUGGACACACGAGAAAUUAUUAACACUUUCUUGAAAGAUUUUACCGCACUCUCUCAUGCUAAGUUUAGAAAAAAGCAGGUUUUGUCAACGAUGAAGCGAGUUGUGGCGAGUCUCGUUGUAAAGCACGAAAUCGCUUAUACAGGUAUGAUCACGCGUCUGAAUCUGGAGGAGAAAGGGGAUGAUGUGAGCUUCGUCAAGAAUGUUGCAAAGGAGCUCUUCAGCGACGGCAUCACUAACUGGGGUCGUAUUGCCAGCUUGCUGGCCUUCGGAGCAUUGGUGUGCAAGUAUCAGAUUGACCGAGGACGGAGCCAGUGUGUGAGUCUGGUGGGGGAAGAGAUCUCUUCCUAUCUUCUCUCAGCCCAACGGGACUGGCUGCUAAAAAACAAAGCAUGGGAUGGCUUUGUGGAAUUUUUUCAUGUCCCAGAUACAGAGGCAACUGUGAGAAACACUCUGAUGGCCAUUGGUAGCGUGGCUACUGUUGGAGCUGCACUCGUCUAUUGGAUACGGUGAAUCUAUUUGGAUUUUUUUUUUGACAAAUGUUGAAAACUGAAAAGGAUUCAGGACUACAAACUAACAGAUUUCUAUGGAUGGCACCUGUAUAUAAAAUCUGGUCAAAAAUGAUUUUUAUUAUUGCAUCAAAAGUAUUUUUUUAUGAAAAAUUUAAAAUCAUUUUCAGCUGUGCAGACCUUGAAUUGCUGACCUGCCAGAAGGCUUGCUUUCAGUGCCAGUUGUUUUGUGAAAUUGUCUAUUCUAGAGUUCUAUGUGUUCUGCCAACUUCUAGCGGCGCUCUGCAUACAAGCAAGAGUCCACAAAUGUUUUUUUUCUUUUAGCUGAAUUAAUUCUGAAAGACUACCAUAUUUUACAACUCUCAAGGGUAUUGUGGCAAGAACUAGCCAUAGCAAAAGACUGUGUAAAACCCCUUUUUCCUGAUGUCACUUCCUUUAUUCUAGAAUGGAAUCUUUGUUCUGUCAUUUAAUAAUAAUCUACACAUAACAUCUUUCAUUUAGACCUGAGGUGCUUUUAUCAACAUCUCCUGGCUUUAGCUGAUAAUUAAGUCUUAAAAGGCUUGUAAUCUGAAUGUGGUGAUUUUGUUUUGAGUCCUUCAAGCUUUUCUGUAAAAAAAAAAAAAAAAAAAAAAAAAAGCAAUGUGGGACAAUUAUGGCAACUGAGAACCACGCAAGGCUGCUAAACUUUUUAUUUAGUGGGGAUUUGACAUUCUGGAUUUUAUUUUAUUUUUUUAAACGUAUGCAUUUAAAAUGUUACUGUACUUGUGAAUAUUCUGUUCACUGAAUAAUGCACAUUAAACCAAGCAGCUGAUA